AUGAUUAAUGUACUAUUGUAUCUUUUGACAAAUUAUGCUGCCUAUCAAGACAUAAUGGCCCCAGAUAUUCCCUGUACCAGCGAUAAUAAAACUUACAGCAUAGAUUUGAAGAUACAUGCAGAGGAAAGUGUAAUACGGGCAAUACAUUCCGUGGCACUGUCCAAUAUAGUAGCACAUGAGACUGAAAGGGAGGCAGUUUCUGGUUAUUUUGGAACAAUUAUCGAUGAAAUGAACGACCAUUUGAUGCAGUACAAGGUGCAAUUGCAUUUAAAACUAGAUGCUUAUAAUACAGAUGAAUUCAUGGCAACUAUCAGUGUAGAUCCUUCGUGCGAAAAAACCAGCCCGGUAAUUGAAAGAACUUCGGCUGCAUUUGAUUUCCUCAAUGAAUCAUUUGCUGGUAAUAUAGGAUGUCAUCUUUUUAUAUGGGGAUGCAAUUACAUUCCUCCUCGAGCUGAGCUGAAAACAAUUUUCAACAGCUUGAGAUGUGGUCGAGUGGCUGGUUUACUGUGGCGUGGAAUGGACGAAACACGCGAAUUAAUUAAAAAUACGAUACUUGACUCGUUGGUUGGGCUCGAACAUUUGUACGCGCCCAGUCCAUCAGAGGAAGUAAACCUGGCGGGUAAGUUAUGUAGGUAUGUGCAACAAUGUGUGGGAAUGCAGAGCAGCGAAAUCGGACAGCUUAUCCAGGGUUCAGCACCGGUAAGGUACACAGAUAGCGAGUCAGGUGUAACACCGGGUGAAGAGGGGGCUUUGAUUUCGUACAAUGCAGUCGCCCAUUAAACAUGUCUAAAUAAAUGAACUAAGUGUGUA